AUGUUUGGCAGCUCUAGUUCCCCACCAAAAGAGUCCGCGGCUUCCAGCUCAUCUACUCCUACCUCUUCCGAAUCCAGCGCCGAUUCAUCAACAGGACUCAACAAUCAAGGCGAUGCAUCAACCGCGUUAAGAGCUCUCGAUGGUGAGAGUGGCACAUCGGAAAAGCGCAGUGGUAACGGCAGUCCUCCUGGUCGCGCAAUUCCAGGCGAUGGUUCUGGAGAGAAGAAACGCCGGAGCAGUGGGGUUGGUGGUAAAGCCAGCUCUCUUCUUGCUAGUGCUAAAAACUCCUUGCACUUUAGUCAAAGUCCUAAUUCUUCGGGAUUCAUGACUGGUAGAUCGGGUGAUACGGUUACACAGACACCGUUGCAGAAGCUCGGAAAACAAGAUCCGGCGUUGGCGGUUCCUCAGGGUCAGCAUAAUAAUUCGGCUGGAGAAUCUCGUCCAGGUCCCCGAUCAACAUUCAAAGUUGGUGUCUGGGAAGAUAAAAAUAAGAAAUGUCGUCGAACGAUGGAAGAUACACAUGCUUUCUUGUACAACUUCUUGCAUACACCCGCCCCCGUUGUGGGGGCCGAUUCCAGUUCGAAGUCGGAAACGUCAGAUAAGGUGGCUGGUGGUUCAUCCGAAAGUCUUGCUCGGCCGGGAUCUGCGCAGUCUAUGAUGGAGACAGAUAAUGGUUAUUUCGCAAUAUUCGAUGGCCAUGCAGGUACAUUUGCUGCAGAUUGGUGUGGAAAGAAAUUGCAUCUCAUAUUGGAAGAGACUAUACGAAAGAAUCCAAAUACGCCUAUCCCUGAACUUCUCGACCAGACCUUUACAACUGUUGACGCUCAAUUGGAGAAAUUGCCUUUGAAAAACAGCGGCUGUACUGCAGUCACGGCAGUUCUUCGCUGGGAGGAUAGGAUACCAAAUGCUUCAUCUGCCACAGGCUCUACCGCCAUUGCACCCGCGACUGCCGCUGCUGUCAAAGCCGCUGAGGAAAUUUCAAAGAGUGAAGAUAGUGGUGUAGAUAUGAACAAAUCUACUGCGCAACAACCAAAUGCCCCUACUGGAGAUGUUCAUGCAAAACUCAAAAGCACUUCUUCUCGUGCUCGAGUUCUGUAUACGGCUAAUGUUGGAGACGCACGUAUCGUAUUGUGUCGCAAUGGAAAGGCUCUACGUCUGUCUUAUGAUCAUAAGGGCAGUGAUGAGAAUGAAGGAAAACGUGUUGCAAAUGCAGGUGGUUUGAUCCUCAAUAAUCGUGUCAAUGGAGUUUUGGCAGUUACUCGUGCAUUGGGAGACGCUUAUAUGAAGGAUUUGGUUACAGGUCAUCCAUACACGACAGAGACUGUGGUACAGCCUGAUAGUGAUGAAUUUAUCAUACUGGCUUGCGAUGGUUUGUGGGAUGUCUGUUCAGAUCAAGAAGCAGUUGAUCUCGUUCGCCAUCAACAAGAUCCUGUCGCCGCAGCUAAACAACUUGUCGAAUAUGCUCUCGCACGUUUCAGUACCGACAAUCUGUCUUGUAUGAUCGUUCGAUUCAACCGACCCCUUCUUGUUGCAACCGCCAAAGAUUCUCACGCUGCAAUUGGCGUCGAAGGCGAUGGCAACAUGGGAUUUGGCACACUAUCCGAAGCAGAUAAAAUCGUCUCAGAAUGCAGAAAAAAGGUUAAUGAUGGCGCGUCAAACCUCGGUAUUAGUGGUAGCAAUAGUGGAUUUGGACAUGAUCCCAAGUUGGAUGGAGCAGUAGAAGAUGAUGAUGAUGAAGCAAUAACACCGAUGGAAAGGGUGGUAGAAGAAGAACCUCAAUUUGUGGAGGGUGAUUCCUCGGCCCCUGUGACAGACUCAAGCGCAGUGGAGCAAGCAAACGCGGAUGAGACGAUCAAAAAUUUGCAUUUGCCGGAGGGUAUUGCUUAG